CGAUAAAAGCUCAAAGCAUUUGAGGGAAAUCUUGCAUAUGCGUCAACUGCGGCCCAUCCUCCCACCAGAGACAGGCCAAAUAUUCAAAUUUGGGGAUGAGGGCGUCCAAGGAGCAAUUAGUGUUUUUCAAAGAACAACUCAGAAUCCAUCGAGAAUGGUUCGAUCACAAAUGGGUCCCGCCACUCCAACAGAAAAACGAUGAAUCUAAUGAAGCUGCAAAGCCAGAUGAAUCUAAUGAAGCUGCAAAGCCAGAUGAAUCUAAUGAAGCUGCAAAGCCAGAUGAAUUUGUCCAAGGGGCUAUAGUCGAGGUUAGCAGUGAUGAAGAGGGGUUCAGUGGAGCUUGGUUUGAAGCCACUAUUGUUGAAGCAAAGGGAAAUGACAAGUUCCUUGUUGAGUACCAGACUCUGUUAGCCGAUGAUGAUUCUAAUCUUUUGAGAGAGGAGAUUGAUGUCUUUCACAUAAGGCCUCCUCCGCCCAAUACUAAUGUUGACGGUCAAUUCAAUCUUCUUGACGAAGUGGAUGCCCUGUACAAUGACGGUUGGUGGGUGGGUGUGAUUUCAAAAGUUCUUGCCGACUCCAAGUAUGUGAUUUAUUUCAGGUCUUCUAACGAGGAACUAGAGUUUCAUCACUCCCAUUUGAGGCUGCAUCAGGACUGGAUUCAUGGAAAAUGGGUUAUGCCUUCUAAGGCGAUGAAGUUGUGAACGCUGAAGAUAACAAGAGGUAGAAGAAAAAACCCCGAUUCGGUUCAGUCACUCGUCAGAACUUACCAGUUUGUUCGGAUCCAAACUCGAACUCAUCUCACCGGAUAUGCUAAUGACCACUUUAGAUUCUGAUUGUGUAGCUUUGCUUUAGACAUUGACCUUUGACAUUUUCUGGUAAGUAUAGCCAGUACAUAAUUCUCUCGAAAUUGCAAUUUUUGCUUGUGUGCA